AUGUCCGGCUAUCCGGGUCAGGGUUACCACGGGGGAGGUUACCACAACGGCCCCCCUCAGCAGAGCUACCCCCCCCAGCAGCAACACCAGCAGCACCAGGGCGGCUACUACCCACCACAACAGCCCACCUACAAUGGCUACCAGCAGCCUCGACCUGGCCCUCCGCCCGGCGCCGGCCCCGGUCCUGGUUACGGCUACAACCAGCCGCCUCCCCAGCAGUAUGGCGGUUACAACGGACCUGUCACCACCGCCUCAGCAACAGCAGCAACAGCCCUACAACGGCGGCUACGGCCCGCCGCAGCCCAAUUACAACAGGCAGACCCGCCAUGCCCACAGUCAAUUCAAAUGCCUACGUCCACGGCAACCACAACGCUCCGGCGCCUCCUCCGACAACGCCUCAGCAGUUUGGCCAUGGCGCCCCCGAGCAACUACAACUUCCAGUACUCCAACUGCACCGGCAGGAGGAAAGCGCUCUUGAUCGGCAUCAACUACUUUGGCCAGCGCGGCCAGCUGCGGGCUUGCAUCAACGAUGUGAAGAACAUGUCGGCCUAUCUGGUGAAGAAUUUUGGAUACAAGCGAGAAGGACAUGGUUUAUCUUUGACGGAUGAUCAGCAGAACCCCGUCAGCCAGCCGACAAAGCAGAAUCUUGCUGCGUGCCAUGCACUGGCUGGUCAAGGAUGCCAGGCCCAAUGA